GGCCAUUUCCGGGUGGUUGUUAGUGACGCUCUCCAGCGGUCGUCAGGGCGGUCUGAGAAGGGUGCUGGACUUGAUUAUUGCUGGCGAGUCAGGGCCCUGCUAGAUCAGCUACGAAGGUGGGAAACUGGUAUGCUUUGUAUAUUUUGGAAAAAACUGCUGAAGAUACCAAAGAAAGGGCAGCUCUUCUACUGACAAACAUAAGGAAAUAAUUUACCACCUACUUAGGAUUAGAAGACCAGCUCAUUCUUAGAGUUUUCUAAAACCAAAUUAGAAUGUAUUGGGGAGAUGAAUAUUCCCAUAAUUCUUUUGAUCUACAUUGUUUGUUAAAUUCAUUUCCUGGAGAGUUGGAGUUUAAGCAGAUCUUCAGUGACAUUGAUGAAAAGAUAGAACAAAAUGCUACAAGCAUAGAACAUUGCAUUAAAGAAAUACAGUCUGAAGUUAACAAACAAUGUCCAGAUGUGCAGCUACAAACAACAACUGACUGUUUUGAAUGGCUAAAUAAUUAUAAUUGUGAUUCAUUCAAGUCACCUUCCAUUCCCCAUGGAGAUUUGAUAAAGUUUCUCAAAACCCUGCAAGAUUUGUUGAAGAACGAACAAAAUCAAGAAGAAAUGGUAUUGGAUCUACUUUGGGACAUCUCCUGCCAGAGCAGUGUUUCACUCCCAUCAACUCUAAGUGGAACAUCUUUCCAUUUCCUCUCUAGGACUUCUCUUCAUUCGGUUGAAGAUCAUUCUUCUAUGGAUAUAAAGUCUAUAUGGGAUGAUAUAAGACUACAUCUCCGACGCUUCUUAGUGAGCAGAUUACAAAGCCACAAUGAAAUAAACAAUUCACAGCAAAAAAUUUUGUUGAAAAAUCAGUGCAUACAGCAACUCUUGUUUCUUUAUCCAGAAUCAGAAGUUACAAUCAAGUACCAAAACAUACAGAGUAAACUGUUGGCAAAACUCCUGCAGAACUGUUUUUCUUCUUACAGCAGAGAAUCAAAUUUAGACAUAAUGGCUGAUGGAUACCAAGGUACAAUGCUUAAGUUAUACUCAAUGAUAAAAGAGGAUUUUAACACACUACAUGAAAUUUUAGCUCCGUCCUCAACAGUGAAAUUCAUUAAAGAAACUUACCUGGAUACUUUAACAGAAGAAAUGGCAAAAUUUCUUGAAAAUUUUUGUGAGCCGCAGUUCAAAGAAAGUGCUGUCCGUGUGAUUAAAACAAGCAAGAGCUCCAGCAGGCAUAGAGGAGCAGUGCAUGCUUUGGUUAUCCCUGAAUGCCUACAGAAAGGAAGAAACUUUUUACUCUCCUUAGAUGAACUCAAGUUCUUAUCACAGCUCAUAAAACCCUUCUUGAAUCUGGAAAAAAACGUUCAGGAAUUGUUUGAAGAAAUGUUUUUAUCACUCAAGAUACCCAGGAAUGUUUCAGGAAUUUUGGAGACAUCCAAUAGAGAGGCUGUAAUAGCGAAACCUAGAACAAGCGAAGCAAUGAUUCCUUCAGAGCAAUUGCUACCAGCAAAAGAGGCUACUUUAUUAGAUUUUGGCUGGAGAAAUGCAUUUAAAGAAGUGUCUCUUCCUAUGGCACACUGUAUAACAACAGCAAUUGAAGAUUUUUCCACAAAAAUUCUCCAACAGGAACAGAAUGAAAGGUCUUCAGCUAUGAGCUAUGCUUUGAACCUUGUAAAUGUCCAGCAAGUUUGGCAAGAUAGCCACACGGUUUCUGAGGCAGACCAACCAAAGAAAAUCGCCAAGUUUUGUUCUGACAUCAUGGAAAAACUUGACACAAUGCUUCCACUGGCUCUGGCAUGCAGAGAUGAUUCUUUUCAGGAAAUUAGAGCAAACUUUGUGGAUGCCUGUUGUAAAGUAGCAACAGCUGUUCUGGCGAGACUGCAAGAGAGAGGCAAAGAGGUUCCUUCCAAAGCACCCCUGCAAAACUUGCACACGCUGCUCUCCACGGCGGUAUAUGUCUUCCAGCAUUUUAUGCAAUAUGAUAAUUUGAUGAAAGAAAAUACUAAGAAACCCAUAUUCCUGGUGCCUGUCCAACGAUAUCAGGAAUUCAUCAACACUCUACAGUUUCAGGUUACGGACUACUGCGUCAGAGUUUGUGCUACAAGCAUUUUACAGGAUGCUGAGAGCCACCACUGGGAUGACUACAAAGCUUUUUAUGAGGGGGAAAGAUGCUCCUUCUCGCUCCAGAUGUGGCAUUAUUUCUUCUGGGCUCUUCAUCAUGAUCUCUGGACCAUUCUGCCCCCUAAGUUAGCCCAGGAGAUUUUAGCAGAAGUGCUGGAGAAAUCUUUGGGUCUCCUGGCCUCCAGAUAUGCUCGGGCCCAUCCCAGUUAUAAGAGAACUCCACAAAUAAGACUUGAUGUCACAACAAUUUUAAUAUGUACUGAGAAUAUUUUAUGGUCAGUUUGUCCAUCUGUACAGAAGCUUUUGAAUCCUCAUGAGUAUAUAGAUGAUAAAAUUUUUAAAAUUCAUACCCAUUGUAAUAAUCUGUUUACAACACUGGUCAUUUUGACUGCACCAUUAACUGAAUUAUACGAGACUUUUCAGCAUGGCCUGGAUGAUUCUGCUUCAGAUUCCUUAAAACCAUCUUUCAAGCAACCAUUCCAUUGGCUUUCUUGCAUAUCACAUUUCUACCCUUCUUUACUCAGGACCCCAUCAGCUGGACAACUGACAGCCCAGGGUCAAUUGAAACUGCUCUUAUCCCAGCCAGGUUGUAAUUGGAACCUGCUUCUGGAAACCUUGCUGCAUCAUGAUGGUCUUUUACUGAGAAUCUUGCUAAGGAGCUCAAAACACACUGUUCAAGAACAAGGUUCUGAUACAGAAAAUAAUCUGAACCAAGGAUCCAGCUUGAUAGAAGCCAUCUUUAAAGUACUCUACCAUUGCAAUUUUUCUCCACAAACAUUUGGAAAUGUUUUUGUCAGCUACAUGGAAGAAGAACAAUUAUGGGACUUUUUAUAUAACAUUCCAGUCUUAGCGUGCAUGGAGUCUGAGGUGGAAGUCAUUCGAUGCUUGAGACUGGCAUUGACCGACGCCGUCAAGGACAUUGUACAGCAGAUAAUAUCCAUGAUGAGCUCUGGAAGAAAUUGUGAGACAAACCUGAACAAGCAUAUAGUUCCUCAACAUCUGUAUGAGAGCAUUCCAAAAGAGUGGAAUUAUAUCCCGAAAGAAACCAAAAGGAAAGAAUCAAGCAAAGGCGUCACAAGGCUUGCUGCUCAGGCAGUAUCUAUUGUAAUCAGCAAGUUACCUACGGUGAUUGCAUGUUUGCCUCCCCCAAUUAAAUACUUCUUUUUUCUCUCUGAGAGGAAAAUGUCAAAAAACUUUGUUGAAUUGAAGAAAGCUGGCCUGCUUGUCUGGAACUUGAUUGUAAUUAUAUGUCGGAUAUUUGAGGAUGGAAACACAGUGGAACUUUUAACAGGUGCCUCCCUUGACAGAUGGAGUAAAGAGAAACUCGGUUUAAUCUGUGUGUGUUUGGAAAGCAUCAUGGGAGAGCAGACAAAUAACCCCAAUCAAAUGACCCAAAAGGUCAUACAGAGCAUUGAGCAGCAAAAACCCAACUGGAUUGAAUGCCAGUUGUCGAAAGCAAGCAAAUUGAGCACCGAAUGUGCAUUUAUGACUAUAGAGAAAAGCACAGCCUUAGAAGAAGGAGAUAUUGCUCUUGAACUGACUGAGCAGAAAAUAAACAUGAUGGUCCUGGAUAUCUGCCACAAACCAGGUGGCAGCGAGUACCUGAGGCAAAUUUAUCACAUCAUGCGGCUCAAUGAGGAAUAUUUAAAAGAACAGCUGUUUUCUAUAAAUGGUUCCGAGGAAAAGCCAUUACCCAUCCGACCUUUAAAAAUGACCUUGAGUGUGGAAGAUCAGUCCUCUGCCUUUAACCCUUUCCAUGUGUACAAAGUGUUUAGUGAAAACAUGCUGGAUCAGUCAGCCAUCACAAAAUGGAACUGGAAUUGGUCAAACUUGCUGCCAAAUUAUAUAGGACUGGAUAAGAUGACCUUCAGUGUACUGCUAAAAAACAGGUGGGAAAUGAGGAAGGAUGAAAGACUAGAAGAAGAAGAAAAAACAAUGCUGGAACAUUUAAAACAAAUGUGCACCAUCCAGAACUCUUGUGCAUCAGAUAACACAGAGGAGGAGUUAUCCGCAGAAAACAGCAACAGCUUUAUUUUAGGAAAUAAUCACAUGUAAUGGAGUCAGACUUUUAUGCUAGUCGGAGUGAACCUCAGAUGUGCUAUGAAACAUGAAACCAAUGACUUAGUAAUCUCUGAACUGAAAAGUACAGCACAUAAAGAAUAAAGUGCUAUGUAUUUUUAUUUUAAAAAUAA